CGAAGGGCUUCACAUCCAAGGCAACUGUAGUUUAGAGUGCACGCAAUUCGCGCUACACUGUCGUCAAAUUGCAAUCAGUAGAAAUACAUCAGGCGUUGGCUUUGAAUUGUGCGGUGACAUCGAAUUACAUUUUACCAACAUACCGUGCUUAUAGAGAAUUCGUUUAUUAUUCAGUUCCAAUCUGGAUCGGGUAUCCAGUUUGAAGCUGCUUGAUUUCUUACAAACGUCAGUUUGAUCAAACCUCAGGUUGAGGUUCGCACUGACCAAAAGUUCAGUUUCGCACUGGGUUGGAAGUGGUUCCAGCCCCAAUAAUAAACGAAUUCGCUAUAAGUUUUGAUUUGUUUUCUUGUGCGACUAGAUUUUAAUUAGAAAGUUCUAGUGAAACUAAGGACAGUUAUUUUAGUCCAAUCGAUGAACGACAAAAUGCAACAGCCUACUAUGGUCAUCGCUGGAGCACCAGCUGUAGGUCCGGAAUCUUCAACCCUGAUCUGUCCCUCGUGCCGAGUGCAAGUCAACACUCGAGUUGAACACAAUUCCAACACUAAAACUCACAUCAUGGCACUGUUGUUGUGCAUGUUCUGCUGCUUGCCAUGUGUUUGUGUGCCAUAUUGUUGCAACUCGUGCCAGAACGCCGAUCACUACUGCCCGAACUGUAAUGCCUUCAUCGGAAGCCACCAGCACUGAGAAGGGGUUGUUUUCUAGAUCCUUACCAUGGUCUCCGCACAGCAUAAUAUUAUUUCAGUAGCGCGAAUGCAACAGCUUAGAACACACCAAAAUAAAAGUGUAGUCCCGCAUCCAAAGUAAAUCACGCAAAUUUGAAAAGUAAGUUUACAUCGAUCAGCUAAAUCCAAUCUAAUUGCAAUAGAGUUCUCCAGAUGCUCAAGAGUGUGCGUUAGACCGCGGUAUUCCGGGGGGGGGGGGGGGGGUAACCCCGGCGUAGUGGUUAACAUCCAUACCUCUCACGCCAAAGUUACGGGUACAAAUCUCACCCCCGGACAAGUCACGAAUGACCCCAGAGUA